UCUGAGCCACUGCAAACGGCCGGAGUAAACGGUCCGUGCUGCCCCUGAGCUGGCACGCCCGGGUGUGAGAGGGAGAAGGCCGUUGAGCGCCGAAGGCUGCGGCGGCCCCCGCGUGCGGCUGCUUUCYCCGUGGCCUUGGCCGAGACUUGUGCGUUGGGAUGUGCUCUGUGGAACAGUGUUAUGGUUAACUUUUACUUAAAAUGAGGUACCUGGAAAUGGAGAAGGCUUUGAAAAUAAUUCACCCGGUUUUUGAUCCAGAAGCAACAUAUUUUCUACAAGUAUCAUGGGAAAAAGAUUUAGGCACCGGCUUCAUUAUAAUGCUUAGUGAUGCUCAGCAUGCAUGGACUGGCACAGUUUCUGAACCUGAGAUUUCUAGGGAAGCUGCAGAUAUGGAAAUGGAUAGAGAAAAAUAUGUCGAGGAACUGAAGAAAGCACUGAUACUUGGAAAAGAAUCAACUGACAAAUAUAACUUCAUUAUUGCUAGAAGUGAMGAAGAUGCAGAGUGUCAUUUCUCCUAUGAAAAAAAUCUGAAAGAUGUUUCUUUUAGACUGGGGUCUCUGAAGCUGCAGAAGGUUUCGAGGCCAGCUGAAGUGAUUAAAGAGUUGAUUGCUCAUUGCCUGGACUGCUUAGAGAGGCUGCAGGCCAAAAAUGAGCACCUGCAAGAGGAAAAUGAAAAGCUCUUCCGUGAUUGGAGUGACAUGGAGAAACGACUUGAAAAAUGUGUGGAAGCUAAAGAAGAACUAGAAGCAGAUCUUUAUAAUCGGUUUGUUCUAGUGCUGAAUGAAAAGAAGGCAAAGAUAAGGAACUUACAGAAGUUGUUGCAUGAAGCUAAAGAAUCCGCAGCAGAUGCACCRAGUACAAGCACUGCUACAGUUGAGACAGCUCCAGAGAGAGAACAGGAGUAUGAUGGUAGCACUGAUGAGGAAAGCGAGAAUUUAAAGCAGGCCUCAUUACCAGCAGCAGUWGAACGAAGAGACUCUGUGCUGAGUAGUCCAGACGUGAUUGAUGUCGCUCCGACACGAAAGCGAAGGCAAAGAAUGGGRAAACCUGACGGUACAGGAGCUAAAGUGGCAGCUUUUGAGCCAGAACUCCCAGCAAAGGAAAAACCUGAUCUUGCCUCACAGAAGACAUCGGACAAGCAUUCCCAGGAUGUGAUGUCCCUUGAGACGCUGGAAAACACUUGUGACCCAGAGGACCUCUUUGCUGACAUCUAACUAUUUUUUGGCUGAGAAACUGAAAGAAUAGAGUGCAUACUAGACCCAAGCUAUAAAACUUAGAAGACUUAGUUGUCUGAGCUAAAAUAUUGACUGUAUUUGACUGUAUUUGAUGUGUGUGCAUUUUUCACUCUACAGUGGCAGAUCUUUGAUCAAAUCAAGUCUGAGGCUUGAUUUAUGAUAGCCUUGAAAUCAGUUCAGCUAGUAGUUCUGCCUCUAUGUGGAUCUUUUAUCCUAUAUAAAUUGGGAAAGAGAGCAUCACCGCAGAUUUUUACAUCCUAACACUCUUUGGCUACUGAUGGUAUUGAGGAUCAACUGGUUUCCRUAUGUUACCAGAGAAUAAGUCAGAUCUGAGGAAGACUCAAAGUUACCACUGUACUUACCUUGUAUACUACCCCUGUCUUGAGAAGCUCAGCUUAGAUGCAGUCUGUCUAAAUUAUUUUCAGCUU